CGCGCCACUGGCAGGGUGGCACCCUCACCUCACCACUGCGUUGCCAUGGCGACGCCAUAAACAAGUGUCCCGGGGCGGAGAGGCUCCCGGACGCUGUUUAAUAUUCUCUGAUCAUGGCUUGCUCAGCUGCACCGUGUUCCUGAGUGAGUCAGCCACCUGCAACGCCGAGCAGCGCGGCUGAGGGCGUGCUGCCAUGGGAUGUGAGGCACAGGGCAGCGCCAAACACGGGCUCACGGAGGAUUUUGUCGCGCGGCUGCGGAUCGCGGCACUGCGGAGGCGAUUAACUCAAGAAGAGUGUGAGGUGGCAGUGAGGGAUGAUGGAAGAUGUCAACACUGAGUGCAAGAAGUUCUGUGCAGACUGGGCCAGCUUCCACAAGGUAACAAAGGUGUUGGUGAAGGCAGUGCGCAGGAUCCACCAUGGGGUGCGGGAAGAGCACAGCCACCUCAGUGAGGGCGCCAGGCCCUCAGAACUCAGGUCCACGGUACUGGCCAGGCAUGAGUCAGCCUAUAAGAAGGUUAUACUUGGCCUCAAGGAUUACUCAGCUAACUUCCUGGAGAUGGAAGAUCAAUAUCAACAACUGAUGAAAUCCCGUAGUAAAUUUUGUAAGAUUCAGUUCAGCCGGGUAGUGGAGAAACAUGCUCAGAUAGAAAUGCAGCGGGACACCAUACUGCACUCUGUGGAGAGCUUGAUAAAGGCUCAGCUGAAAGUAGCUGCAAGUGACUUCAAUGAGAAAUCAAAGACACUCUUAGAUGCAGGAAUUUUUGAUGUUAUAGGGGCAUACAAUGAAGCUCUGGUGAAGUUGAAAAACAUUGUGCCUAAGAAGAAAGAGGAGGAGGAGGAUGAGGAGGAAGAUGAUGAUGAGGAAAAAGAGGAGAGUGAGAAAAUGUACAGAACUUUGAUGCCAGAUAACCUCAUUCCUCCUCUGUCAUGCCUCAAACAAAUCACAGCUUCCAAGAUCCUGCAGACAGUGGGGCGGGAGCGAGCACCUCGAGUAACCCAAUGCAUUGCUGAAACUCUCAUGCAGGAGUUCAAAGUAACCUCAGAAAAUGGGACACCACUCCCUUGGAAACCACUCACCUUCAACUGCAAACCAGGGAAGGUGACAGGGGAUAUCUUUGAGGAUGCCAUAGCAAAGGAGGAGGAUGAGAACAAGAUCAACCAACAAAAGCUGGAUCUAGCUCUUAGAAUGGAAUUUGGAGAGGAUUUUCCUGGGACAGACUACUUGCCUGCCAAUGACUCCGGGGAUGUGGUGCGACCUAUUCCCUCCUCUGCUGUGGAUACUCUCAUAGCCACCAACACUGAACUGCUCAACCUUUUAGUAGAUAAGUUUACAAAAACCCCUGGAGUGCUCGUCAAGGGAAUGCUGAAACAGAGUAAGUCGGGUGAAAAGCGCUUGAGCAAGGCAGCAAGAACAAGGAUAGAAACUUACUAUGUGGAGCGGGUGUGGGGUGAGGGAUCUGAGUUUGUGGAGGAGCUAGUGCUGUGGGUGCCACCUUCUGCCCGGCCUCCACCCUUUCCUCCUCCAGCACUCCUCCCACCUCAGACUCUCUUCCACAUUCUUAGCACUUUCCAGCAAUUCUGUAAUAGAGCACUUGUACCUGAGUCGUGCCGGGCCAGCUGUGAGGGUCUGGUGGAUGAGUGUCGUCACCUGGCCACUAGUUCCAUUCUGGACUGGGGCAGUGUGCGAGGUGUAGGAGCCUAUGCCAGGGCUAAUCCACCUCCACAUAAGCUGCCAGAUGGAAACUACUCCACUAUUGGGGGUGAAGGCAUUGGUGAUGUGGUGCAGUUGCUGGUGUGGGAGGUGAAUGAGAUUGAGCGAGUGGAGGUAGAGAAGGAACCCAAAGACUGGGCAGUGGGUGAUGAGGUGGGUCUACUUUUGCGACUUGGGGGUGUGGUUGGUUCUGUGCUGUGUUGGCUACAACUGCGUGCUGCACACUUGCUGCACACUUGGAACACAGCACCCUACUAUCUCCUCACACAGGCUGACCUCCCCAGGGUCAUUGAGGAACUAAAAUUACUCAAGAUCCAGGAGAGGGAACACCUGACCAAAACUGAUGACAUGGCACGCCUCCUUUACUGCAUGUCCAGAGCCACUCAAGUCAUCAUGAUAGAGAAAAUUGUGGACAAAGUCAAAGCAUACGAGGCUGAGAUGGUGGAGGCAGUGAGUGGUGUGUGCAGAACUGUGAGUCUGGCACAGCUGCAGAACUCCAUGCCAAACCCUCGGAUCUGGCGAGGCAUUGGUCGCAUCCCCCACGAGCCUCACUACUAUGUCUACGAGUACAUUGCUGCUGUGUUGGAGCCAGUGCUGGAUGCUGUGUCCAAACUUGGUGUUGUGCUGCAACGGCGAGCAGGUGCCACCAUACUAAAGGUGGUGUGCUAUGCCUGGCUAGAACACAUCAAGGUGCAGAAAAUCAAGUUUUCACUGUGGGGAGCUCAACAAUUACUGAAAGAUUUCCACGCUCUGGCAGAGUGGCUCCAGAAGUAUCCCGGCCUGGCCCCUGAGGCACGGACACAGGUGCUGGCUGUGGAUGUGCUGCGGGAGUGUGAGGGGGUGGCACGACUUCUCAUGAGGCAACCACCCCUUGUGGUUGGAUACACUUCCCAGAACCAAGUGGCUCCAAUGGGGCCCAUCAGUGCUGGGAGAAAACAUGAUAAAGAAGUAAAGUUGAGCCAAGACAACGAUGAUAUCCCAGCGGAGAUGUACGUCCCCAAUCAGCAACUGUGGCUGUCUCUUAGGGCACGUCCUGCUUCUUCCAUGUGUGUCAAGAUGGGCUCCUGCUGCUCCUGGCCUUAUUGAGGUCUCUGCCAAGACUCUUCAUAUGAUCUGUGCAGCUUCUGGUGAGUCAUGGCUGGGAUGGUGGUUCCUACUGGAGGAUGUGGUUUUGGCAUUUGGGAAGUGUUUCUCCAGGUGGUGCUUUUUCUAACCUUGGAUUGUGGCUGCAAUAUGAAUCUGCGUGCUUGAGAACCCAUCAACCUCAUUGUACAUAUAGUGCCACUGUACCAUAGCAAUCUCCACAACUUUUAUAUUGUAAUGAAUUACAAGUAUUGAGAUCUAAUACAAGUUGCAUACUAUUACUUACGCAUUCCUCCUCCCACUACAGUGCUUAAAGAGAAAGGGAUUAAUGACCCUCAUGAUAAUAUAAUAAUCUUACUAUAGUAGUACUUAGAAAAAUUUAGAUUGUUUCAACUUAUUGCAAGCAAACUUUUAUAAGGUACAAUGGCAUAAAUUUAAAGGAAAGGUCUUACUGAUAAAGAGUGAAAUGGUAAAUGAAACACAGAUUGAAAUUGGUCAGAGGUAUAGUCUCUAUUAAGAGGUUAAUAGUGAAUAUAUUUAAUUUUGUAGUUCUUAGUCUUCCUAAUGUAAUACUAUUACGUAUGAUCAGUAACACUUUGAACAGCU